CGGUGACGUUGAUGCUUGGAGUGGCUGAGAUUCCUGUCAGGCGACAUGGCUGCCCAGAAGAUCAACGAAGGCUUGGAGCACAUCGCUAAAGCGGAGAAAUACUUGAAAACUGGAUUUUUAAAAUGGAAACCAGACUAUGAUAGUGCAGCUACUGAAUAUUCAAAGGCAGCUGUUGCUUUUAAAAAUGCCAAACAAUUUGAUCAGGCAAAAGAAGCAUAUUAUCGAGAAGCUCUAUCCCAUGAAAACAAUAAAGCUCUCUUUCAUGCUGCAAAAGCUUAUGAACAAGCAGGUAUGAUGUUAAAGGAGAUGCAGCAACAUCAUGAUGCGGUGGAACUGAUUCAGAAAGCCAGCAUGAUGUACCUGGAGAAUGGAACACCUGACACAGCGGCUAUUGCACUAGAUCGGGCUGGGAAGGUAAUAGAAAAUAUAAGUCCAGACAAGGCUAUUCAGCUAUAUCAGCAGACAGCAUCGGUGUUCGAAAAUGAAGAACGUUUGCGGCAAGCAGUUGAAAUGUAUGGAAAGGCUUCAAGGCUUUUAGUCAGAGGUCGUAGACUAGAUGAGGCUGCAGUAUCUAUUCAGAAGGAAAAGAGUAUUUAUAAAGAUAUUGAAAACUAUCCGACGUGUUACAAGAAAACAAUUGCUCAGGUCUUAGUUCAUCUUCACAGAAAUGACUAUGUUGCUGCAGAAAAAUGUGUCAGGGAAAGCUAUAGCAUACCAGGCUUCACAGAAAGUGAAGACUACGCAGCAUUGGAGCAGCUCCUAGAAGGAUAUGAUCAGCAAGACCAGGACCAAGUAUCGGAUGUAUGCAAUUCACCGCUCUUUAAGUACAUGGACAAUGAUUAUGCGAAGCUUGGUCUCUCAUUGGCUGUCCCAGGAGGAGGUAUAAAGAAGAAAUCCCCAGUUACUCCACAGGGCAAAAUAGGUGGACCGGCUGUAGGAGCUUCUCGUGGAAAUGAGGAAGAUGAUGAAUAUGCUGGUGGUCUGUGCUAGCUCCAAUUAUAUCUACUCUCAAAGAUCAGACUAGUUGUUUCUGGCCAUUGAGCAAUUCCAGGGGAACCCAAAUUACCUUCACUUCAUUGCAAUCACGGCAUUGGAAAGAUAAUGACUUGUCAGCUUUUGGGGUACUGGUAUAAAAAGCAUGGCUAUACACCUUGAAGUGUUUUUGUAUUGCAUUCUUAAAUCUUUCAGUGCAUCUACUCUAAUGAAGAAUUUGAGUACUGUAGUCUUCACAAAAAGGGAAGUUUUGGGAGGCGGCAUUUGUCUUUGAUACUUCUUUCCAAAUGUGUGUAGUUCCACGGCCCAUUGUUUCACGUUCAAAUGUCAGUCAGCAGCCCUGCAGAAGGUUGAAGUUCUUAGUACCAAAGAGUUAUGCGUUUAUUUGUUUUUGCAUUUUUGAACAAUGCCACUAAACCAUUUGAAAGCACCUUAAACUAUGAUGUACCUCUCUCUUGCCAUAUGAGCAUAAUAUUUGGUGAAACAAGUAUGCAUUCAUACACGUCUGUAGAAUGUUCAGGAGCUCUGUGGGUCAGUGCCUAGAAAGCACACCCAGGUUUUCUGCAACAUUAAUUGUUUCGUUAGUGUCUUUCCAUGUAACACCGCUGUGGAUAAAUUGCAAGAGAAACCUUUCAUUUCCCAUCUGGAGAUUUAAUACUUUAGCUGUGGAAUCGUCAGGAUUUUGUUCCUGAAAAAUAAGAAUCCACAACCUUAGCAUACAAAUAGUGGCAAAUGAAUUGUCCUUUAUUUCUGUGUAAUAAUGGAGAAAUCCAGGAAGAAAGUAGAAGAUAUACUAUUCUGAGUUCCAACGGGCUAGAGCCUUUCAAACAUUUGUAUCCACAUUUGACUGUACUUUGCCAUAGUGGAUGUCAGAUUUACAGAAAAAGUUGACCAAAGUGUCCAAUGAGAUCGCUUCGAGUUCCUUAGAGACUUGUACAUCUGCUCCUGCUUCCCCUCCCUCCACCACUACAGUACUUCUAUUCAAGUGAAUUCAGGCAAACAUGAACAAAAUCUUGGCUUGAAUGCUGUAAACGGCAAAGCUGAAAUUGGAAGCUAAAAAUACAGGUUUGUUGUCAAAAAUGUCUGAUCUAUAUAUGUAGGAGGUUGUGAAGAUGUCCUGUAAAUUGAUCUUGAUAUUGUACUGAAUAGUAUAACUCCUGGAAAAUGUCUAUCAUGAUGAACCCUCAAAUUCUCCAAGGAGAAGUAAUAACACCCCGCAGCAGAAGGAUCAUGAAAUAUGUUAAUUAACAUUCCUAAUAGUUCUGUGUUGUGAGAAAGAAUUGAUUCAACUUCAGGAACACAGUUUCUUAAGAGCAUACAACACUAUAUGUUAACAUUUCCUUUUAUUGGUAUAACAGAGAUACUGCUGCUUUUUUCUGAUAUAAUCCUGCACUAUAGCACAUUGUGUGAGAAAAGGAAUAUAUCUGUACGAUACUCCUCUGUUCAGAAAGACUGUAGGGCCUUAAAUCCCACAUUCAGAAGAAUGUGGAGAGAGAUUUAGUUACCCAGUGAGCAUUUGAGUUCUGAAUAUAGGUUCAAGUAAAAGUUUCCUGUUUUCAUGAUGCAUGGAAAAUCCGAGGAAUAUAAAAUGGAAGCUGUGUGCAAUGAAAAUAAUGUUUUUAAUAAUGUAUUGGAGAUGCUUUUGAGACUGAAAAUUGUGAAGAUGGAUGUAGCUUAAAAUGGGCAAUGUCUAUAUUUUUGACCUACUACCCAUUUUAACUUAGCUGAUAAAAAUGUAAUAGAAAUCCUAUUACCUUUAUUAAAUGUUUAAAAAUCUGUGCUUUCUUAAUACAUGUUUAGUGGUUGUUUUCAAAGGUACUGUGCAUACUUCGUUUGACUGAGAUGGAAAAUGUAGCAAGGAGAAAAGUUUGGGGAAAUAAUGCCAAUGUUUCAAGAGCCAAAGUAACAGUUGGUUUGCAUGAACAUGCUAAAAUAUAGUCCAAUAUUAUGAAGGUAAAUAUAUUGAAUAUGAUUCGUCUGUACAUCCAGAUGCUGUGUAAACUGUGUUUUAUGCAACAUGAACCCUGUGCUUUAACUGUAAACUCUGCCCAGCCUAUCUGUGGGAUGCAAUAGAGUAUGAAAAAUGUUGUAAUUGCCCUACAGCUCCAGCCUCUGAGAAGAGGCUCUAUAUGUCACCUAUAAAAAAUAAACUUUAAAAUGGUGAA